CUUCUGUGUCUUUACUAACGUGAGGCCGACUUGGAGGGAAGGGAACGUCGCUAAGAAACAAAAGGGGCAAAAAAACAAAAACAAAACAAAAAAAGUAGCAGAAGAGAGCAGAAACAGAAACUACCCCCCUUAAAGCUGCCUCAGGAGCAGUGAAGUGUCUUCAUGGCAGUUCGUCGAGGACACAUUAAGUACUUGAAAGCUGACCUGCAGGAGGUGUAUGACAUGUCAAACGGUUAUGAAGACCACAUGGGAGGGGACGAGGGGAAGGACGCCAAGACCAACCUGAUAGUGAACUACCUGCCUCAGAGCAUGACGCAGGACGAGCUGCGGAGCCUGUUCAGCAGCAUCGGAGAGGUGGAGUCUGCCAAGCUGAUUCGAGACAAAGUUGCAGGCCACAGUUUAGGGUACGGAUUUGUUAACUAUCUUAACCCUAGUGAUGCAGACAGAGCUAUCAGUACACUGAAUGGACUAAGGCUACAGUCCAAAACUAUCAAGGUUUCAUACGCGCGCCCCAGCUCUGAUACAAUAAAGGAUGCCAACCUAUAUAUCAGCGGCCUGCCAAAGUCCAUGACCCAGAAGGAUGUAGAGGACAUGUUCUCACGUUAUGGACACAUCAUUAAUUCUCGUGUACUUGUUGAUCAGGCCACAGGUACGACAGGUGGGUCCCGGGGGGUGGCUUUCAUCCGGUUUGACAAGCGGGCAGAGGCGGAGGAAGCAGUCAAACACCUGAAUGGCCAGAAACCACCUGGAGCGGCUGAGCCUAUCACGGUGAAAUUCGCUGCCAACCCAAACCAGGCGAAGAACACGCAGCUCAUCUCGCAGCUCUACCACAACCAGUCCCGGCGCUUCGGGGGGCCCUUACACCACCAGGCACAGCGGUUUAGGUUCUCUCCCAUGGCUGUUGAUCACAUGGGCAGCAUGGGAGGCGUCAGCGUCCCCGGGAACUCCACCUCGGGCUGGUGCAUCUUCAUCUACAACCUGGGCCAGGAUGCCGACGAGAGUAUCCUUUGGCAGAUGUUCGGCCCCUUCGGCGCGGUCACCAAUGUCAAGGUGAUCCGAGACUUCAACACCAACAAGUGCAAGGGCUUCGGCUUCGUUACCAUGACGAACUACGAGGAGGCGGCCAUGGCCAUCGCCAGCCUGAACGGCUACCGGCUCGGAGACAAGAUACUGCAAGUGUCCUUUAAGACCAGCAAGGGCCACAAGUAGAGAGAGCUGGACAAUCGGGUGUAGAGGAGAGAUGGAAAUGACCUGUGCCAGGCUUUUAUUGUAGAGAGCAGGAGUUUGUCUGACACAUAUGUUUGGGUUUUAGUGUAUUCAGAGUUAAAUGAGAUGUUCACUCUUCUGCACCUUUGUACUUGUCUAAAAGAGUGUUUUUUUUUGUUUUUUUUUUCAUCUUUAUACUCCUGCUUGGGGCUUGAGGACACAUGGUAGUUUUAAUUUUUAGGGAGGAAAUGGAGAAGGCAUAAUCCCAUGAUACCCCCAAGAUAACCUAAAAUUAUCUAAAAAGCUAAAAUAUUGUCUUAUAUGUUGCAUGUAUAACUGUUGGGACAAGAUAAAGGAAGCCGGAAAACGGUCCUUAGCAGUGCACUGAAAAUACGGAGCGCAAGGAAAGCCCUGCAGAUUGUUCUCAAAGUGUCGACACCUUAGUAGAUGAUUUAGUCUAAAGAAGGGGAAAAACAAUAUUUUGCUCGUAGCCAGUGGUUGUUAGUGUUUUCUGAAAAAGCUACGCUCUGGGUCUGGGUCCUUGUCAUAAGUAGAUAUAGAUGCCUUAAAUGAUCAUCCAGUGGACACAUAGACCUACAAUACCACUCACUGUCUUGAGUUAAUCUAAGAGCAAAGCACUUUUAACCAAUCUGUUUUAGGUUACCAUGAAUAUCAGUCUUUUUGAUGUUAAUCUGAUUUUUUUUUUUUUUUUGUUCACCCUCCUUCCAGGUUAACGGUUUUAAACAUGACAAGCUCUGGAGGGGAAUGUUUUCGUUUUUUGUUAUCCCUGUGUAAAGUGUCUUUUUAUUACGAGUUGUAUUUCAGGAGAGUCCUGUUGAAUAUGAACCCCAGUCAAUGAGUAGGGAAUUAAAAUGGACCAAAGGCAGGGAGAGAUUUGAUCCUGUAAUCCCAGAAGAGUUUUCUGAGCAGAUUUUCAAAAAGGUAAAUUUACACCUUUUAUUGGAUCUUUUUGUUUUUUUGAAGAGGUACUAAGGUUAUUAAUGCAGACUGAGAGCAACAUCACUUUCGCUCAGUUUGCUAUUCUGUUUUCUCUUUUAUUUGAGUUAUUUUCUUUUUGUUUAAAACAUUUUAUUUUUUUUUCUUUCUGAAAGCAUAGAUUUUUGUUGUUAAACUGUAAGUUACAAACUUGUUUUAACGAGUGCUUAUCUCAAGUUUGGAGAUAAAUUAAUGGCCUUUGUUAACGGUUUAGAGUUGCUUUCUUUUCUUCCUUUCUUUUGUUUUGGUUGUUUCACUUUGAGCAUAAACCAUUAAAUUUUAUUUCUUUUUGCUGAAAGUUUUGUUUGGUUUGUUUCUUUUUUUAUUUACCUUUUUAGAUUUGAUUUGGAGUUUUGUUCUAUUAUUUUUCAAGAACCAAAUCUGCACUGCUCAUAAAAGAUCCCUGCUCAAGCAAAAAACAGGCUGUUACAAAAAGUGUUUCCACUGCAGGGUUUUAAACAUCUGAGACAGGCUUAAAUUAUAACCAUAUGUGGACCAAUGUUAGUUGAGAUAAGGUUAUUUAACCUGUACGCAGACAUUUCAAGGGAAGUGACGGUCCAGCAGACAUUUCAUGAAGCAACUUUUCUGAGAUAGCCAGAUGAGUUUGAACCACUGAGGAGCAACGGAAUUGGCAAGCUGAAGCUGUAUGUUGGCCCUUUAGGUACGGUCGUUCAGCAGAGUCGAAUGUCAGGCUUAUUUAUUGACCCAACCGUAUUAAUGAUCUGGCUCAGUAAACCUGCAUUUUGAUACCCGGCUGAUUUACAUUUAGAUUAAAUCCGAUUUUUCAACUCAAUCAGAUUUGUUGUGCGUCUACAGUGUUUUGAUAUUUCAACACAGCACAUAAGUAUACGCUGUUCACUUGCAGACACAGGCCUUUACACCCAAACUCAUUGCUCUGAUCUUUGCCUAAUUGGGGAUUGCUUUAACUAUUGAGGGUUUUGCAUUGACUUGCUCAGUAAAACACUUCUUAUAUCAUCCAGUUAGAAAAGAUCAUUGGCAUAUCACAGCUCAUCUUUUAAUGAAUUUUGGUAGAUUCUUGUUCUACAAGGUAGUUGGAGCAUUAGCAUUGGUAAUUGUUUUUGAUUUAAUCUGACCACAAAUUCAACAGAGGAGCUGUUGGUGAUAGUUAAAAGUAGCAAAUGAUUGUUAGGAACAGUACCUGCUCACACUUUUUAGAUUUCAGUUUUAAAAUCAGUUUUCUUUCCAACAAUAGCUUCAUUAAAUGCCUCUUCAAUCCCCAGUGUGCCCCCUCUGAAAGGAGUAUUCCCAUCACAUGCUUCAGAUUUUGGUCUUAAAAGUGCUUUUGAUUUAGUAUUUCCAUGUUAUUUUUGUGUCACAAUCCUUAACUUUGUGCAAUAUUUCCUGACUUGCUCAAAGCAAGUAAUAGAAAGUUGUUGUAGUCUUGGACUGUCAUCUUUUUUUAUAAUUUCUUUUUUUCUACUGACGUUUUAUGUUACUGCUUAGUUUUCUCAGCAGUCUAGUUGGAAUUGCAUGAAAGAUGCAAGUGAAUUUGUUUUAAGGGGCAGUCAGAAUAAACUGCAUUCCGCCUUAAUUUAUAAGUGGAAAUGGUGUAUUUUACAUCCGAGGAGGCGCAGAUAUUUAUUUGACAAUGUAUGCAGUCAUACUUGUUACUUUAUUGGAGUGUUUUUAAUGAUUGAUUUUUAUUUUUAUUGGUUUUUGAAGGACACUAAGUUGAAGUUCAUUAAAUGUCUUCUAACAUUGGAUCAUUUCAAUAAAAAUAUGGUGGCUUUUCAAAGUUGAAAGAA